UGCAGCAGCCGGGAUGAUCGAGUGAAACUCUUUGCUCACUCCGGACAGAAAUGUGGCCUCCACUUAUUGCAAACUCAGCGGAGCAUCACAAGGUGGGUUAACUGAAUGAGUCUCUUCGCACACACGAAGCAGGUGAACGGCCGCUUCCCAGUGUGAAGCUGUUGGUGUAACUGCGAUGGCCGAUUGAAUCCCUUCCAAAAUGAGAGCCAGAGAAUGACAUCACACUGCUGUUAACGUCAUGGCAUUGUAUCCAAUCAGAUCACAGACAUGGACACGUGAUCGGGCUCUCCUGGUAGCGAGUGGGGCGUUGUCUUCUCCAGCAUCCCGGCCUCCACAUUCAAGGAUCGGUGGCAUUCAAACGCUGGUGAACUGACAGAUACAGCGGACUAUCGUUCUGUUGUGUUUGUGAUUCCCACACACAGAUCUUUUGACAUUUCUACACUGUUAAAAGUUUACAGACCACGUCAGUGGGCGAAGGACAACAUUUCAACUCAGGUAAUUUUAGUCUCCAUGGUGCUUUCAGAGAAAAGCACUGUCACAGCUCAAAACAAUUUGGAGGAACAAGACUUCAUCUUCUAACUGGCUACAGUUCCGGCAUCAGGGUCAAUAACAAACUCUCUGCUUCCCUCUCUGUGUCAAAAUGUAACAUUCCUCCCCUUCAUCAGUCUGUGACUUGGCUCAGUUUGUCUGUCUCCUUCACAGUCUGAGCAUCGCCACACACCGACUGCGAUCACAUUUAUUUACACGGACGCGACUAGAGACUUUCUGAUUAUUAUGUCCCUCCUGGCAUCUGUCGGUGGUAAACUGAGAGUCAGCAAUGGUAUUGACCCUCAGGAGUAGGUGACUAGGCUUUUUCGUUGAAGAUCGAUAAACUGCCGGUAGUGUGUGGCUGGAGGAGUGGGUCGUUUUCAGACUGGAAGGAGGGAGCAUUUGGAGUUCCCCCGAGAUCAGUCCCUGGCCACAAUUGGUCACAGUUUAAUGUCCUGGCUGAUGCACCAUCAAUAACUCACUCUGAGACGUAAAGGCGAGAUAUCGGCUUUUAUUGACUGGAAGAAGGAACAAGCAGUGAGUGACCACCAUACUACAUCCUGGAGACUGAGAGACCGGGCUCAGGCCUUGAUCGCCUUUAUACAGGGGUCUGUGGGAGGAGCCACAGGAGCAGUCAGAAGGGGGCGUGUCCAGACAGGUAUAUGUAGUUCACCACACUGGCGGAGGCAGCGAGAUGUGAGAUGUCCCAGUCUGCCGGUGACGCAGAAAGAAUGGAGUUGGGGGAGGGGAGGCUACUCACAUGCAAUUUUGUAGCUUUGCAAUCAGAACAUAGUGCACUGUGGGGCUGCAGGGGUGUGUUCCAUUGCUGGGAGCAGUGUACAGUCAUUGUGGGCUAUGUGGAUUUUGGGAAUAAAGCACCAUUCUCCAAUUAAGAAUCUCAAGCCAUGGAGUAGGCCUAUUGUUUAUAUAUUUAAGUUGUAUUUAUGGCAUUGUGGUAACCGGAUACUAUAGCCCUCCACGAGCUCUCUAUCCAGUCCUUUCAAUAUCCGACUUCAUCCGUAAAUUUGGCCACAGGACCAUCAAUACUGUUAUCCGAUGCACUGACAUAGAUCGUAAAAAGAAACGUCGCUAAUCAGACCCCUGUGGACAUCUGGGGUAAUAAUCUCAGAAUUGCUGCCUGGGCCCCUGCUAGUGAUGAAAGAAUAUCAUGAUCAGGCAUGUGGCCUAGAGACUUGUCUAGGGGGCAGGGCUUCCUGGAUCACUGGGGCUUCUUCCGGGGGAGGUACGACCAGUACGAAAAGGACAGGUUACACCUGAACCCAAAGGGGUCCAAUAUCCUCGCGGGCACAGAUGAAAAGGAAAAGAGGAAUUAUGGGAGGAAGCUGGCAACUAAUAGCAAAGACAAUAUUAAAAGCUUUUUGUUAAGAAUAUAAAGGGUAAAAUAGAGUCAAGUGUAGAUAUAGAAUCAAUACAAAAUAAUGCUGGAGAUAUUGUAAUGAGAGAUGCAGAGAGGGCAGUGGAACUGAACGAGUGGAAGACGUCUGCAGUAUAUCGGACAUUCAAGAGUGUCACGGAAGUGAAAUUUGUGCAGUGAAAAUUAUGACUGAGAAGGUGCUCAGGAAGCUCAAUGUUCUGAGGUUGGAUAAAUCUCAUGGACCUUAUGGAAUGCAUCCUUGUGUUCUGAAGGGAGCAGCCGGAGAGAUUGCAGAGGCAUUAACAAUGAUCUUUCAAGAAUUGUUAGAUUCUGGCAUUGUACCAGAUGACUGGAAAAUUGGAAAUGUUACCCCGCUAUUUAAGAAGGGUGGGUGGGAGCAGAAAGGAAACUAUAGACGUGUUAGCCUGACAUCAGUAGUUUGGGAAGUUGUUGGAAUCGAUUCUUAGGGAUGAGAUUACGGAGUACCUGAGACACAUGACAAGAGAUGCCAAAGCCAGCAUGGAUUCCUGAAAGGAAAAUCCUGCCUGAGAAACCCACUGCGAAUCUUUGAGGAAAUUAUCAGCAGGGUACACAAAGGAGACACAGUAGAUAUAGUGUAGUUGGAUCUUCAGAAGACCUUUGACAAGAAUAAUAGGCCAUGGAAUUAAAGGGAAUUUACUAGCAUGGGUGGAGCAUUGCCUGGUCAGCAGAAAGCAGAGAGUGGCAAUAAACGGAUCCUAUUCUGGCUGGCUGCCGGUUAGCAGUAAAGUUCCACAGGAGGCAGUGAACGGACCGUUGCUUUUUAGGAUGUAUGUCAAUGAUAAGGACUACAGUAGUAAUGGAUUUGUGGAUAAGUUUGCCGAUGAUACAAAGAAAGGUGGAGGAGCGGGUCGUGUUGAGGAAACAGAGACCCGACAGAGAGACUUAGAUAGUUUAUGGGAAUGGGUAAAGAGGUGGUAAAUGAAAUACCAAGUUGGAAAGUGUAUGGUCAUGCACUUUGGUGGAAGAAAUAAACGGGCAGUCUAUUAUUUAGAUGAGGAGAGAAUUCAAAAUGCAGAGAUGCAAGUGCUCUUGGGAGACCUUGUGCAGGAUACCCGAAAGGUUAAAUUCCAGGUUGAGUCGGUGGUGAAGAAGGCAAAUGCAAUGUUGGUAUUCAUUUUUAGAGGUACAGAAUAGAAGAGCAGGGACACGAUGGUGAGUCUGUCGGGGGACCACACUUUGAGUAUUGUGUGCAGUUUGGGCUUAUUUUAGAAAGGAUAUACUGAUGUAGGAGAGGGUGCAGAGAAGAUUCAUGAGAAUGAUUCCAGGACUGAAAGAUUUACCGUAUGAGGAACGUCCAGCAGCUCUUGGGCUGGAUUCCCUGGAGUUCAUAGAAACAUUCAGAAUUGAAGGACAUUUGUUUAGAACUGAGGUGAGGAAAAAUUACUUCAGUCAGAGGGCAUCAAAGGGUAUGGUGUGAAACCAGGGGAGUGGGGAUGACAGGAAGAAUCGGAUCAGCCCAUGAUUUACUGGUGGAUCAAAAUCAAUGGGACAAAUGCUGUAUAUGUCCCAGCAUUUGUUCCUGUAUAUGAUGGUCUUAUGGAUUUACUCGUCCGUGUGUCUCCAUCCAUUUCAAAUUUUCCAAAAGUAUGUACAUUUCAAUAUCUCAAACAGGUGGAUUUCUGCAGCUGCUGGAAAUCUAAAGCACCACACACAAAAUACUGGAGGAACUCAGCAGGUUGGGCAGCAUUUAUGAAAUGAAUCAACAGUCGAAGUAUCAGGCCGAGAUCUUUCUUCAGUUCUGGAAAGUUAGGAGGAAGACGCCAGGCUAAAAUAUCGUGCGGAGGGAAACUGACAGAUGAAGCCAGUUAGACCUGCGGUGAGAGAUUUAUUGGAAGAAAAGCCCACAGCUGGAAGUAAACCACGACUAAAGAUGAGGGAAAAUCAGCAAGUGAACCAGCCUGGGGAUUGAGAGCAUCAACUGGAGAGAACCCAUCUGACUCGGAGUUUCCAUUGAUUCAGUCAGGAGAAAGUUAGGUUAAAUAUGACAAGGAAUUUGUCUAUGGGAAUCUCGAACACAACACGCCAGUUUUGCUGUCUCUGCCCAGAUGUUUAAGAAGAGGAGCAAGGGAUUCACUCGAUCAUCAGAACAACUGGCGUGCCCGUCAUUUUACACGGGGGGACGCAUUCAUCUGCUCAGACAGUGGGAAUGGAUUCACUCGGUCAUUUCAACUGAAGGUACAUCAGCAAGUUCACACUGGACAAGGCCAUUCACUUGUUGUAAGUGUGAGAAGGGAUUCAGUCAGUUAUCCCACUUGUGGACACACCAGUCAGUUCACAUUGGGCAGAGGCAGGUCAUUUGCUGAAUUUGUGGGGAAUGAUUCACCAGAUCUUCUGACCGAAUGGCACACCAGCAAGUUCACACUGGAGAGAGGCUGUUCACCUGCUCGGACUGUGGGAAGGGGUUCACUUGCUCAUCCCAACUGAAGGUACAUCAGAGGGUUCACACUGGUGAGAGGCCAUUCACCUGCUCAGUGUGUGGGAAGGGAUUCACUAUAUCAUCUCACCUACUGAGACACCAGUCAGUUCACACUGGCGAGCGGCCGUUCACCUGCUCAGACUGUGGGAAGGGAUUCCCUUGCUUAUCUAAACUGAAGGUACAUCAGAGAGUUCACACUGGUGAGAGGCCAUUCACCUGCUCAGACUGUGGGAAGGGAUUCACUCAGUCAUCUGAACUAAAGGUACAUCAGCGAGUUCACACUGGGGAGAGGCCAUUCACCUGCUCAGACUGUGGGAAGGGAUUCAGUUGGUCAUCCCAUCUGAAGGUACAUCAGCGAGUUCACACUGGAGAGAGGCCAUUCACCUGCUCAGUAUGUGGGAAGGGAUUCAUUCAGUCAUCUCAGCUGAUGAUGCACCAGUCAGUUCACACUGGUGAGAGGCCAUUCACUUGCUCAGACUGUGGGAAGGGAUUCACUUCUUCGUCCCAACUGAAGGUACAUCAGCGAGUUCACACUGGUGAGUGGCCGUUCACCUGCUCAGACUGUGGGAAGGGAUUUGCUCUGUCAUCUCACCUACUAACACAUCGGAGAGUUCACACUAGGGAGAAGCCGUUCACCUGCUCAGACUGUGGGAAGGGAUUCUCUCAGUCAUAUAAACUGAAGGUACAUCGGAGAAUUCACACUGGGGAGAGACCGUUCACCUGCUCAGAUUGUGGGAAGGGAUUCACUCAGUCAUCCAUCCUAAUGGCACACCAGCAAGUUCACAGUGGGGAGCGGCGUUUCAUCUGCUCAAACUGUGGGAAGGGAUUCACUCGGUCAUCUCAUCUACAGAGACAUCAGUCAGUUCACACUGGGGAGAGGCUGUUCACCUGCUCAAACGGCGGGAAAGGAUUCACUCGAUCAUCCACCCUCAUGGCACACCAGCAAGUUCACAGUGGGAGAGGCUGUUCACCUGCUCAGGCUGUGGGCAGUGAUUCACUUGUUCAUCUCAACUGAAGGUAUAUCAGCGAGUUCACACUAGGGAGAGGCCGUUUACCUGCUCAGUGUGUGGGAAGGGAUUGACUCAGUCAUCUCAUCUACAGGCACACAAGUGAGUUUACACAGUAGAGAGGCCGAUCAGCUGCUGAGACUUUGGGAAGUAAUUCUGUCACCAAAAUCAACCAAAUGUGCAUGAUUGAGUUCACAGUGAGGAGAGGCCGUUCACCUGCUAUGAAUGUGGGGAGCGAUUCACUCAGGUCACUUAACCUUAUGUAACUCUUGCUUCAGCUAGCGACUUAAUAUAGGGGGUGAUAGCUCCUGAGCUUGGCCAAACCUAAGAAAUCUUGUUUGUGUGAAUGCUGCAUGAUGUGUCCCCUGUUACAAAUCAAUACCCCAAAAAUAACAAAUGGUACACAAUAUGCGAUUAAACAAUUGAGCUAUAUAAUUCUUACUUUGACUAUAGGAUUAGUAAAGGAAACAAAAAUAAGUAAAAGGGCCCUUUCUCUCCAUUCGUGUUUUCUCAUCUCUCCCUGGCAAAAGACCGUGAAAAUCUACCAUCCAGACUCACAGGAAAGAACAAUAUCUCUCUCAUUGGAUAGCUAGGCACUCCAAAACUCUGUUAUUUCCAAUCAUAAGCUAAACAUUGCUGCUGCAGAGAAACCAUUAGCUCAGCAGUGAAACAGAACAGAGAGACCAUUACAUUAGCAGUGAAAUCUCACAGCAUGUUAUACUUGUGACACACUACCGGGUUCACACAGGGGAGAAAGUUUCAAUAAGUUGCAUGCUGGAUAUUUGUCCAUCACUGUUGCUAAAGCUAUUUUGAGAGUGACUGUCAGUGCUGAACUCUGCAAUUAUUGCUGCCGCUCACCACUUCCAGUUCUGGGCACAGGAGGAGUUUCUUCUACUGCAUAUUCACCUUUAAUGGGACUGGAGUUUAAUAUUGACUGAGGAGGAGUGUGGCCAGUGAAGAAGUGGAGCUUUGAGGCUUUGCCUCAUGUAGUUUUUGCAGAUGGAUUGUGCAAUCAAGUCAAUCAAGAUUUGAAUAGCUCCUGGAGACUGUGCCUGUCUGUGAAUGGAGUAACAGCAGUUUCUGUGCUGCUCCUAGUUUUGUCCCUUUCCCCCUAGUUUAAAACAAAUUUAAUAUCUUCUGUUGCUGAUUCUUGAAGGGGAACAAUAUGUCUUUGAGGAGUGGGACGUACUUGUCUGAACCUAGUGAUAAAGGCAACGGGAAAGGAAAGAUGCAAAAGGAAGGAUCUGAUGAAAUGCCAUUGUGGGCUGAAGAUAUGGCUCGGACACAGUUCAUUUAAAGACUAACUUGAAAAGAAUAGUAAUGAAAUUAUGUCAUUUCUGGGAAAACUUAAAGAUCUGGAAGCUCAAGUCACUACACACAAAGAGGAAUUGAAGAUAAUUAAGCAAAAAUUGCUUGAAAGUAAAAUAAAGUAAAACUCGUUUGGAAAGAUAUUGAAAUAAGAUUAUAGACCUGGAAACUCGGUCUCACCAAAGAAAUAUACAAAUUGUUGGGCUGCAGGAAGGAGUUUAAAAUGGAGAUUUAACUGCUUACAUUGGUAAGCUUUUUCAUACCUUAUUUCCUUCUAUGUUAUCACAGCGGCCUACUAUAGAAAGAGCACACAGAACUUUUACUUCAAGAUCCAAAUAAACCAAGGGCUGCUCUGGUUUGUUUUCAUUAUUUUAAGAUUAAAGGUCAAAUAAUGCGACAGGUAAGAAAACAGAGUUUUUAGAUUUGAGACAUCUGAGCUUGGUUUUUAUGAAGAUUAUUCGAAGGAGGUAAUGGAACAAAGAUCAAAAUUUGCUCUGGUAAUGAAACAGGCAUAUGAUAAGAAAUUUUUUCCUUCCUUGCGUCAACCAACAAGAAUUACAUUUUUUCCUCCUGAUUCUCCUCCUCGUACAUUUUGUGAUCCUUAAGUUGCGCUGGCGUUUGUUUAAACUCUACCUGCUGCGACUGCAGAUUGAACUGUCUGGCAUAUUAUCUGCAUAAUAGCAUUUCGGAAAGAAGAUUUAUGAAGGCUACUUGGACAUUUCAUUGAGAGACUACUAAAAGAACAUUAGGGGACUUGUUUAUUAUGGCCUAUCAUAGUUUUUUUGGUAAGAAGAUUUAUGGUUCAAGUAUGACUGUUUAAAUGGUUAUAUGGACAUUCGACAGAGAAAAAGAACAUAAAAGGACUUAUUCCUUUAACCUAAUAUCUGGUUUGAUAUUUUUUGUGUUUUUUUCUUAGUUAACUAACUGGUAGUUUUUCCUACUAAUGGGGCUAUUUCCAUCUCUUAUAUAUACUUAGCGGAGGUUUCAAUUAUUUGUAUAAUAUUAUUUUAAAGAUUGUGUUGAUCUGUUAUUAAACACUAUGCUUGGUUUCUCUAGGUAAUAUGUUUUAGAUUUUAAUAACUGCUUAUUUUUUAAAUUCUUUUCAAUAUAUUAGUAUGCUUUUUUAUAUUAUGAAUAUUAUUGCAUCUUAUAACUGAAUUUAAAGCUUUUUUAGGGGAUUUAAUGUUAAGUUUAAGAUGGAGCAUUUUUUUCUUUUUAAGAGAUUACAAUUUUUUGGUUUCCUCUUUGUUUAAAACAAGAUUAAAUAUAAACAUGGGUUAGUUUGUAGAUGCUGGAAUGUAAACAUUUUCCUUUGCUGAGACUUUGUCGUUCAUCUUACAAGGUCAGUGGGUUUCAUUUUUUAACUGGGGGAUGGAUAGAGAACCUUUUUAAAUCUUUUUUUUUCGGACAGACAGAGCAGUCUUGCUGUGUUUUCUAUCAUAGGGUGCCUGCUUUUUCUGCGCUGUGGGGGGAGUGGGAUGGGUUUAGAAUUAGAGUUUUUUUUUCCCAUUGGGUGGUUCUGGAGCAUGUGUGUUUUCUGUGUGGUUGUAUUCUCCAUCACCACCAUUUUUGAUCAUCCCGUAUUGGUAUGUGCUCGGCGCAUGUGUAAAGUAGAAUAAAAUUAUAGUAUGGACUCUAAACAGAUUAAUGUAAUAAGUUAGAAUGUACAUGGUUGGAAUCAUCCUCUCAAAUGAAAAAAGACUGAAAAUCAUUCAACCUGAUACAAUUUUUGCCCAGGAGACGCAUAUCAAGGCGGGAGAUCAAAAUAGGUUUUUUGGAUCGUGGAGGAGUUUGCAAUUUCACUCCACUUCUCAAAGUAAAACUAAGGGAGUGUCUAUUUUUAUUAAAUCCAAUAUUUUGUUCAUUCAAGAGGACAUUAAGUCAGAUUCUGUUGUCUAUUUUUAAUUGUUAAAGGAGUAAUUUGUAACAGAAAAGCUGUUUUGGUCAAUUUGAAUGGUCCUAACUUAAAUGAUCUUUUUUUUUAAAUGUAUUUGCUUUACUGCCUCAUUUAAAUGAAUAUAUGUUGAUAAUGGGCGGGGAUUUUAACUGUUGUUUAAAUCCUUUGACAAGAGCUCAAACAACCAGCAACUUCCAAAUCACUCCGCAUUACUUAUUAAUUCCUUUUUGACUGAUCUUUGGAUUGAUUGAAUUAUGUAGAUAUUUACACACUGAUGAUAGAGAAUAUUCUUUUUUGUCACAUGUUUAUAGAAAAUAUUCAAGAAUCAAUUAUAUUAUAGUUGACCUUUGCUUCUUGCCUAGUGUUAAGAAUUGUGAAUAUGACACUAUCGCUGUAUCUGCUCAUGCAGCUUUCAGUUUGUCUUUCGAAUUCGAUGAUGCCAUCCUUGCCCACCCACCUUGGCGCCUGUCUCAGACAUCAUUGCAGAAUUCAGACUUUGUUAGCUUCAUUGAAAACCAGGUAAAAUAUUUUUUUUCUUUUUAAUGUUACAGG